UCGAGUUUAGCGGCGCGAAGCCGAAGAGCAACGAUUGUUUUGAUUUAUCAUCGGAGGAAAAGUGUCGCUGUCACUUUCUUUAAGCCCUAUUUUUUUGAUUUUGUGACACUGAUUCGUCAUGUGUGAAAAGAUAACGAAGGUGAACAGCUGGCUCAGCUCGGUGUUUGGGGAUCAGCCGGUGCCGCAGUUCGAGGUCAAUACCCGGACGGUGGACAUUCUGUAUCAGCUGGCUCAGUCCAGUCAAGCCCGCUGCAGUGAAACCUCUCUGCUCAUCGAGGACAUUAGACAGAAGGCGUCCGAGUAUCAGGCUGAUGGUGCACAUCUCCAGGAUGUUCUUCUCCAAGGUGUUGGCCUGUCCUCUGCCAGCUUGUCAAAACCUGCUGCUGAUUACCUCUCAGCUUUAGUGGACAACGCCAUGGUGCUUGGAGUGAGAGACACAUCGCUGGGCAGCUUCAUGCCAGCAGUGAACAACUUCACCAAUGAGCUUCUGGAAGCGGAGAAGUCAAACAGGAGACUUGAGAGGGAACUGAAGGCCCUCAGAAAGAGACUCGGAACCACGCUGGUACUGCGGAGCAGUUUACAAGAGGAUAUCAACAAGACUGCCAAGGCUCAGGCAGUAGAGAGUGCUAAAGCAGAGGAGAGGCUACUCAACAUGGAUUUUGUCAAAGCAAAAGCCAAAGAGCUGAGCAAUAGAUGGGAGAGAGCAGAGGCUCAACUUGUAUCUCGGAAAAUGGACAAGUCUCUCACCCACCAGGCUAUUGUGCAGCUCGCUGAGGAAGUCAACACACUGAAACAAGAAAUAAUCCCCUUGAAAAAGAAACUGGAGCCGUACAUGGACCUCAGCCCAAGUCCGUCUCUUGCUAUAGUGAAAGUAGAAGAAGCAAAAAGGGAACUGGCUGCAGUCGAUUCCCAGCUUGAAAUGAAUGUGGAUUUCAAGUGACGUUAGUUUGUUGUGAGGAAUCUUGUCUGUGUUUUGUGCUGUACUUUUUCUAUGUUUGGAAAAAUAAUAAAGUUGUUGGUUUUAAAGCCAUUCACCUACUCAUCUGCA